UAGCUGAGUGCUAGCAGGCUAACGCUGCGCUCUGAUGGAAACAGAAGCGUCAGAUUCUCAUGAUGUCGAGCGGGCUCAGAGGUUCUGGGCUGAGCAGGACCUGGAUCUGGUCUUUAGCUCCGUGUCUUCGUACCUGGACCACCUGAAGCGAGUCCUGAAUAAGAACACAGCAACAGACAAAGAGCUGGUUCAGGCGUUGAAGCUGCUCGAGUGUCUGGACCUGUGUCCGUCUGUCCCGGCUCAGGACCUGUGUCCGUCUGUCCCGGCUCAGGACCUGUGUCCGUCUGUCCCGGCUCAGGACCUGUGUCCGUCUGUCCCAGCUCAGGACCAGUCUGUGGUCCAGGUGGUCAUCGGCGCAAAUGAGCUGCAACCUGACUCCUCUACGACAGUCCCCCCCACUGCCUCUAAUGGUGAGAGUGGUCCAGCAGCGCCCCCUGCAGACAGACAGCAGCAGCCGCUGCCUCCACUGGUCGCCGCCCACACAUGCAGCAAGACCUGCCUGCCCAGUUUACCCAGCAUGCCUCAGUCCACGCCUCCGUUCUGGGGUCAGAACCCUCUGAUGGUGCCGCUGCUCUGCGGCUUCACCAGACUGAGCGCCACCCCGCUGCCGUCGCCUCGUGGCGGAGGGGCGGAGCCUACGCUUCUGGAAGAUGUUGUUUACCGAGCACCGUGUGGAAAGAACCUCUGUAACCAUGAUGACGUGAUGCAGUUCCUGUUGGGGACGGAAACGUACGACGUUCUGCAGGUGGACUUCUUCACCUUUAACCCCAUGGUGCAGUUGGACCCGCCCACGCCAGCGGGCCCGCGGCGUCCAGAGCUGGACCUGAGCCGUGGUGCGGAGCCGACGCCAGUGGAGCUGUGCCCGGGCGACGGCGGCGCUCUGCCCGCCGACUUCCGUUACCGUAGAGACCGCUGGCCUCACGGCUGCUUCUUGAGCCGAGGCCCCCUGCUGUUCAACGCCUGCUGCGACUGCACCGACGGCUGCGGCGACCCACGCCGCUGCGCCUGCGCCGCACUGACCAGAGGAGGGUGCCACUACGCCCACCACAGGCUGACCCAGCCCGUCCCCUCAGGUGUGUAUGAAUGUGGUCCGUGGUGCGGUUGCGACCGCGCUCGUUGUCAGAACCGUCUGGUCCAGCGUGGAAUCAGAGUCCGCCUCCAGGUUUUCCAGACCUUGGACCGUGGCUGGGGAGUGCGUUGCCGUGACGACCUGGAGCGUGGCACCUUCGUGUGCAUCUACGCAGGUUUGAUCCUGCAGCGUGUGGCGGCGCCCGCCGAGCCCCCGCCCCCCAAACUGGUGCGCUGCGACCUGCCGUCCGACGACGAGGUGGAGGUCGUCACCGAGUGGCUGGCUCCGCCCGUCCUGGAGGCCCGGAGCAACCUGGUGGAGACCCCGCCCACCUCGCCACCCCUGCACGUCCCAGUGAUCCAGAGGCCGAGCGACGGCGGCGCGCAGACACUGGGACUGGCUGCACCAGCGCCACCUUCAGGUCACAUCAGCACUAUCAUGGCGGACGGAGGUGACGGAAGUGACCCGUGGAAGCGCGCCGUGAAGCGAGUGGCGGCGCCGGACCAUGUUUACUUCCUGGACGCCAGCAGAGAAGGAAACGUGAGCCGCUUCUUCAACCACAGCUGUCAAUCAAACCUCUUCAUCCAGAAUGUCUUCAUCGACUGCCAUGACCCCGCCUUCCCUGUCCCCGCCUUCUUCACCAGCAGCGUGGUGAAAGCCGGUUCUGAGUUAACGUGGAACUACUGUGACAACGCUUUAACGUCCUCGCUGCAGAAACAGGAAGUGGCGUGUCUGUGCGGCAGUGACGAUUGCCGGGGCAACUUUAUCAUCAAGGACAAUCUGUGUGACAUGUGUGAGGUCAAAGGUCAUGGAGCCACUGAUUAAACCAGCUGCAGACAUCUUCUACUGUAACUCUGCUGCUCUUUUUCUAAAUAAAUCACUUUUUUAACGAAUAAAGAAA